CUCAGUGAGUCCCACUGGUCCCUUUGUCAGAUUGCUGACUGCUGCCAUGGCUAACGUAUUGAAUUCUUGUUAAACUUUGCAGCCUCAGUAGCUGCCAGCUGGGCUGCGAGAUCCAUACUAGAGAAGGAUUUCACGUUUCAGUUUGCUAAUUCUGCCACCUAGUUUUUCAAUGCAUUAAUUGCUUUGGGAGCUUUGCUGUGGAGCUUGGACUUUGCAGCACACUGAACGGGAAGCAACAGGGGAUUGAUUCUGGAGAGGUGUUCGAGGUGUGUGCGCUCCACUGACAGGGAAGAUAAAUGUAUAAUGAUUUUUUCAGUGAAGAGGAAGAUCUUUACCUUGAAGCAACACAGACGGUAGACUGUGAAUCUCGGGCAGCGGCACUCAAUCAAGCAAACUCUGAAAUAUUGUGCGGGGGAAUUACACUGGUCAGAGCAUUAAUAAUGGAAAUGAAAGAGGAAAGAGCCUUGGAUGUAGCCCAGAAUCUAAUUUUACCUGCUGAAGGGGGGAAUCCUUUGGGGCAAGACACAGCAAGGAUUCAGAAAACUUUGGCUGACCCAAAGCUUGAGUUCGCUCUUGCGUGCAAGGAUCUCCUCACUGCUGCCCGUGACCGAAAACUCAACACAUUUGUGCAGAUAUCAGUGGCACAUCCAACAGAGCAAAGUUUAACAAGAUAUGCAAACACUGAAGUGGUGGAGGGAACAAGGGACCCACUGUUUCUGACUGGUGUGACGUUUCCUUCGGAGUAUCCCAUCUACGAGGAAACUAAAAUAAAACUAACCGUAUAUGAUGUCAAGGACAAAUCCCAAGAAACCGUUCUUCCAGAAGCCAGUGAUCCAAGAACAAACAGAGGGAAAAGUCUCCUGGGCUGCAGUACUUUUAAAGUAAGGGAUCUGGUGAAAUCAAAGGAGCAACAACUGUCCUUAAAUCUCAAGACCCUAAAUGGUGGAAAGAAAAUUGGUAAUAUUGAAGUCAGUCUGGUGAAGAUGGGAGAGCUAGAGAAUGGGGAGGCAGAUCGCAUCACAACAGAUGUGCAUGGACAGAAGUGUUCUUUGGUUUGCGAAUGCUCUUCACCAGAAGCAAUCAGUGGAAAGGACAGUUUAUUAAAUGCAGUUUUCAGGAAUCCCAUCUACAAGUUUUACAGAUUCCCAUCAUCAGAAAACAAAUGGAUGUGUGUCCGUGAACAGAUGGCAGAGAGCAGCAUGUCAUUUCAUAUCCCAAAACAACUGCUCUCCCUAUACUUAAAAGAAGAUACCAGAAGAAUUGAACAGCUAAAAGAGCUUGGUGACCUUUCUCCACACUGGGACAACUUGCGUCAGAAUGUUCUAGCUCAUUAUGAAGAGAUGGUCUCUGUCUAUCAGGAAAGUCUUGCAGAGCUAGAGAAACAUACAGGGUCUUCUUUCAAAUCAAGCUGCAGUAAAGGAGAAAAAAGCCUAGAGUUUGUUCCAAUUAACCUGCACUUACAACGAAUGCGAGUCCAUAGCCAAAAGUUAAAAGAUGCCCUUUAUGAUGUAAUCACCAUUGGAGCUCCUGCAGCACAUUCUCAGGGAUUUAAAAAUGGUGGCCUCAGGAGGCUCCUCAGUAGAUUUGAGGCAGAAAAGAAAAAUACCGGGUACCAGUGUAUUUACUAUUCACCUGAGAACACAGCUAAGGCAAAAGAAAUUCUAAGUAGUGUCAAUCACCUGCAGCCUCUUAUAUCAAGCCAUACGGAUCUCCUGCUUAAUUCAGCAAAACUGCAAUCUGCAGAGAGCCUAAAGAAUUCUUUAAAGACACUCUCAGAAACGACAGAGCAAUUUGUUCGUUCAUUUAAGGAUCAGCUUGUCAGCAAUGCUCUUUUGGCACUAUCCACAGCAAGACCAAGCUGUGCUAACAAAAAGCUUACUGAUCCUCUGAACAAUACAGAAGAUGAUAAGACACAUGAGCAGGAUAACGUGCACCAAAUAACAAGGCAAGAUUCCAUACCUCACCUUUCGGAUUAUGAUGAGGAAGAAUGGGAUAGGGUGUGGGCCAAUGUGGGAAAAAGUUUAAACUGCAUUAUUGCCAUGACAGACAGACUACUUGAACAAGGCAAUAGCACAAGAGAAAACAAAACUGAGUGUUCGUCUGAAGACCUCACGUCAGAACACAACGGAGACUGGUAUGAACAGCUGCACCCUCUGAUAAUUACACUAAAGGACUGCGUGGAAGAAGUGGUAGAUCGAGCAAAGAAAUCAAUGACUUUUGUUGUUUUUCAAGAGCUUGCAUGUGGCUUGCCUCAGUGUUUGCAGCUCACUUUUAGAAGAGAUGUUGUUUUCAGCCAAGCACUUUCAGGACUGACCUGUGGUUUUAUAAUCAAGCUACAUUCAAGUUUACACAAUGAAGCCUUUCUGCAUCAGCUUCAUACUGUGGGGUUACUUGUCCAAUAUGAAGGUCUACUGAGUACAUACAGUGAGGAAGUGGGGAUGCUGGAAGAUAUGAGCACUGGCAUAUCAGAUUUAAGACAUGUAGCAUUUAAGAUCACAGAAGCCAAAUCAGAAGAUUUUCUGCCAGUUGUUACUGGAAGACGAGAGAGCUUCAUGGUAGAAGUCAAGCUUCCAACCAAAAUGUUUGAGUUACUUCCCCAAGAAAUUAAAGAUGGAAAAUUGCUCUGUGUUCAUCCGGUGUUUUUUAAUGUCGGAAUUAAUGAACAACAAACGAUUGCAGAGAGAUUUGGUGAUACGUCUUUGCAAGAAAGCAUUAAUCAAGAAAAUGUAGAACAUUUGGAAGAAUACUAUAGAAUGUGUAUUGAGAAAGUUCCUUCAGAGUGUCCACAGUUAAUGCAGGACCAGAGUGACUUGAAGGAGCUCCUUGAAAACCUACACCAAAAUACACAAGCCAAAAAGAGGAAGAAUGUAGAAAUCAUGUGGUUGGCAGCUACAAUAUGCCGUAAAAUGAAUGGGGUUCGUUUCACAUGCUGUAAAAGUGCCAAAGACAGGACCUCAAUGUCGGUGACCUUGGAGCAGUGCCAGAUAUUAAGAGAUGAACAUGACCUACACAAGGACUUCUUUGUCCGGGCCCUUGACUGCAUGAGGAGCGGACAAGCCCAGGGAGUACUGAAUGAGUCGGAUGACCCAGAGAAAGGCUGUAUAACAGAUAACAAGCCAACUUCUCGUCACUUCUAUCCUGUCGCCUUGCUUCUUGUCAGCUCUCACUUAGAAGGAUGCCGCAUAGAGAAUGUUCUGAAGAAUAUCAAAUGCAGAAAAUAUGCAUUCAACACCAUACAGCUGCUGGCUUUCCCCAAGUACUACAGGCCUCCCGAUGGCACAUAUGGAAAAGUUACCAAUUAAUUCCAUUGACGGGAUACAUGAAAAUAUGAGCAGCUGUAAGGCACAUUCCACAGACAGUGAGCUAUUAGAGCUGGUGCUGUAACUAAGUAGCAUUAGACCAGUGUUUCCCACAUACUGGACAAUUGGGCACAAUUAUAUCUAUUGCUGAACUGCAGGUCCUUUCAAAACUAACAGCUAAGAGCUGCCAGAGGGAGUUACUCGCACCCGCCUGCACAGGUAGCGGCCUAUUCAAGGUUCCAACAGUGAUAGUUAAAGUAACAAAGCCCAUCAUCAUACCUUGUCAACUGCUGUGAAAUUAGCAAUGUAUGCCACAUUCAGAAUACAAUGUACAAUUCUUGUGGAUAGCUGGUCAUUAACAAGCAACCCCUGACUGUCAAGCACUGUUUAAAAAAAAAAUCUUUUUGUCUUGAGAAUCAUGCUGACAUUCAGAGGCAAGAGAGCCAUUUUUAUUUCCCUAACAACCAGCCUGAUAAAAUGCUUUGGGUUACGCUGUAAUCAGCAUGGAAAGGAGAAUUUCAGAGGAAAGAUGAUAGCUUUCACUCAUCCAUUCCAUGCAAAUGAAACUGCUCUUUGUAGAGCUUUUCUAUCUCACACCAUGACAAAAGGAAGGAAAGAGGUUGAUAAAGUGUCUCAAGGGUUAGACCCUAAACAACUGUAUUCCUUAUAGCACAAUAAUGUGCCACAGCCUCUUCAACAGCCGUUGGCCGGUCACUCAUGGGACAAGUCUGCUCUAAAGCAAACAGGGAGUCACUUCACAGCUGUAAAUAAAAAGUAUUUAUUUGUAAAAGUUGCAUUCAUAAACUGACAAGUAUUAUUACAAUCCAUUUCUGUUUCAUGUGAUGACCUUUGCCCAAACUGUCAGUCAAAAACGGAGGUGUUAUAGUUCAUAACUUAGGGAGACACCAUUCAAACAUUAAUCUUAUUUAUUCUGUACUUUACUAAGCACAAUAACAACAGACAGCUGGAGCAUUUGGUUUGUCUAUACAGACAAUGUGACAGUAAAUUGGGUUAGAAGUCAGCAUCAUAGCUUAGCAAUAUGCCCAUUGUCUUGAUUUCUGUUACCUUCCUAUUACAAUGGUUUUCAUUUUUUUUUUUUUUUUUUUAUACAAGAGUUUAAUUUUGAUUUUUCAUGUCCAUUAAAUAUUUUUUCUCAGCAGAAAACAAGUUUGUACAUGUAUCAUAAUAUGGGUACUCUAGCUGGGUCAUUAUCCUUGUUUUCUUGUGUGUGUUACCAUACCCAUUGUACACCAUGUGUAUACUUUUUUUUUAUUUGAAUAAAAAUAAUUUUAUUUAUUA